AUGCAGAGCCUUGUGGAUAACAUCAAACUUCACUUGCAAAAAUGUGCCGUGAGCUACCCAAUUCUUACGUUUGCUGCAUUGGAAUCAUUUGAUGGCGAACGGACAGAUUUGGAGAAUGUGGCAUUAUCUGCAAUUCGUUCCAAUGACAAGGUCCUGACACCAUCAGCGGUCAAUUUGCUGCAAGCAUCUACUCUCAAACGGAUUCUUGAGGGUCUAUUUAUAGCCAAGGAGUCAACCAAUCAUCACAGAGCCUUUGAUCUUAUUCACACUUGGGCUGGCAAUGACCAACAGAGUGAUCAGCAUGCAAAAGCAAAGCAACUGUUGUCGAAGUGUGUCGACCUCAAACAGAUCAGUUCAGACAUCCUGUCCACGAGAGUUGAGCGAUCUGGGCUUGCAAGUCGCGACCAGCUUUUCGAAGCCUACAAACAUAAGGCCUUGGUUGCAAUGAAUGAGGACAGUGUCGAACUCAAAUGGAAGAAUUGUGAUUCAAGACUGUUUUCUCCUUCCCUUUUCAACAGGAUUGGCAUCGUGGACUGCAAACCAAUGGCUUGUGGAACGUAUCAUUGGUCACUUGAAUUCAAAGAAGUAGACUUUGUGAUGGUUGGAAUAGUUGAUUGCAGUGUUUCACUUGACCUUGGCUCGGACUUUACUGUUCAACGUGGCACUUGGGCUUGCUUUAGGCAAACGACAUGGUUAGACAGAAAAAGAGGCCACAAUGAUCAGCUGCCCACAAUUACUGGUGACGCCAAGGUGGCAAUGACGCUAAAUUUGAAUGCCGACGAAGCUGAAGAUGGAAGCUUAAGCAUCUCUGUUAAUGGGGGGCCAAUGAUUGUGGUGACCAAUGGCUUGAGUCGUUACCGUGAUGCUGGUGCUCGUUUUCUGCCGGCUGUUGCAAUGUGGGCCUGCGAAGACAAGAGCAAAGCGAACAGAGUGAACAUCGUGAAAAUGCGGACGUUAUUCGGUACCCACCCAUCACCUUGA